AUGCAACAACUUGGUUACGAACUGCUCUUUUCCCGUCGCAACCUCUUCCUUUGUAAAUGUUUGGUACUUUUCCGAUCUACAGCGUUUAUAAUGUCUUCUUACGGCAGCCGAGUGCACAAGGUGGCCAGCAUUUUCAGAAGAGUUACUGGCUUAAUGGAGAAUGGGGCAAUGGAACCGAAGGAGAGGCCGCUAUGGUACGACGUCUACAAGGCUUUUCCCCCCAAGGUGGAGCCCACCUUGGAGCGAUCACUACCAACCGAUCUCCGCGUUCGGGAGAUACUCUAUGCAGAGGAUAUUGGACGAGUAGCUUUCCUUCAAAAGUACGAAAACGCUGAUGAGGACCUUCACAACCUCUUCGCACCAAGCGAUAAAGGCACCUGCAUGGCCAAGCGCGUGCAAUGGGCGCGGAUGCUGAUCAUGCCUUGUGGACGGACGAAGCUUUUCUGGAGAAAGUUCGGGAGGCCCUCCAAAGAGACGGCAUUAUCUUACGAGCGAAGAGGAAACCACCUUCUUGAAACUCUACUCCCCUCUUCUUUACCUUUUGAUUUCGUAUUCUUGGGGACGGGUUCGGCCUACCCCUCGCCUCACAGGGCAGCCCCGGGUCUGGUUCUGCGUCAUACCAACGGCACUCAGUGGCUUUUCGAUUGCAGUGAGGGAACGCAGGUACAAUUGCAGAGAUGUACAUCCGUAAAAGCCCAGCGAAUUUCGCGCAUCUUCAUCACUCAUCUCCAUGGUGACCACAUCUUUGGAUUACCGGGCCUUCUGGCCACUAUUUCGGGAAUGAGGGAACAUGCGGUAGAUCCAAGAUGGGUUCUUACAAUGGAGGUGGAGGAGGACUCUGGUCCACCGGAUUUGGAAAUCUAUGGACCCCGUGGAUUGAGACGGUUUUUGAGAACCACUACCGCCAUCUCCUGGUCUCUACUACGAAUGACCUACGUGGUCCACGAAUUGCAUCCCCGACCCGACCAGGUGGCCAACUGUUUACCAUACUGGACUGCCACUGACCUUGAUCCCGUGCGAGAUAGAAUGCUAUGCUUUGAGAGGAAGGGCAGGGACAUUCACCCCGAUCCUGAUGGAUUCUUCCGUGACAUCUUUGGAGCUAGAGAGGUUGGUGUGAAGGAUGGAAGGGAGGACUUUGUGGUUCAUGCUUUCAUGCUUGAUCACCGGGUUCCCUGUGUGGGCUACCUCCUGCUCGAGCCAGCACCUCUGCCCCACCUUCGGGCAGAUAAGGCCAUCGCACUUGGUGUCAAACCGGGUCCUCUCAUGGGCAAGCUGAAGCGGGGUGAAUCAGUGACCUUUGAACGCGACGGCAAAGAGGUGACAGUUAACCCUACCGAUGUGCUGGAUAUCGCUCUCCGUGGGCGACGGGUGGCGAUCCUCGGCGAUAGUCGCGACUCCUCCGAACUGCGCCGUCUCCUCAUCUGUCUCUUCGGCACUCCCUCUGAUGACGCCAAAAUCGACAGUUGCGGCGAUGGAGGUGAUGGUUGUCGAUGGCGAUUAGACUGUCUGGUGCACGAGGCCACGGGGCAUUCGGUGGAGCAAGGCGACGAAACGAUGUACGCGAAGAGUCACUCCACCGCUCGCUCUGCUGCUGCUUUCGCUGCUACCGUGGGUGCGAGACAGUUGGUACUGAACCACUUUAGCCAGCGAUUCCUUGAAGACGAAGUCUAUGCUCAGGAACGCAAGGAUCCCACUAAAUACUCCAAGGUGUCUUCAUUGUUGGAGGAUGCGCAGAGUUGUGAGGCGUUCAAGGGAAGGAUUGAUUUGGCGGCUGAUUUGAAGAUCAUUCCCAUCGUUGGCAACGUGGAGUAUGAGGAAGAGGUAGUGAAGAAGAAGGCUAAGGGGGUGAAUGAUCCAUGUUUAUGA